AUGGGGCACAAAGACAACGCCGAUGGCGCGCCCACGUAUUGGGGCAAGUCUGGCAAGACUUUGCAAAGAAUGAUCACAGCCGUAGCGACGACAGAUUUCCUGUUGUUCGGUUAUGACCAGGGCGUCAUGUCCGGUAUCAUCUCGGCUCCCGCCUUCACCUCUGACUUCCCGGAGGUGGAUGGGGAUAGCACGUACGAGGGUUUCGUCGUGUCCAUCUACGCUGUCGGUUGCUUUUUGGGUGCCUGUUUCAUUCUCACGUUUGGUGACCACCUCGGUCGCCGCAAGUCUAUCUUCACCGGAGCCACUGUCAUGAUUAUUGGUGUUAUCAUUCAGAUCACUGCUAUGCCUAAUGGAUCAGGAGGAGGCGCGACAGCACAGUUCAUAAUCGGGCGAUGUAUAACGGGUAUAGGCAACGGUAUCAAUACUUCGACAGUACCAACCUAUCAAGCAGAAUGCAGUCAUUCGCACAACCGUGGAAAGCUCAUCUGCAUUGAGGGCGGCAACGUUGCGAUCGGAACUUUGAUUGCUUACUGGAUCGACUACGGAUGCACCUAUGGCCCUCACGCCUUCGUUUGGCGAUUCCCCAUCGCUUUCCAGUGUGUCUUCGCUUUGGUCGUCAUCGUUCUUAUGACCCAGCUACCGGAAUCUCCUAGAUGGCUAUUGACGAAGGAUCGAAACGAAGAAGCAACCACGGUCCUGGCAGCUCUCAACGGUGAACGCCGGGACGACCCUGCUGUUCAGACACAGGUUGCCGUCAUCGUCGACGCUAUUCGGGCUUCUGGUCAUGGCGGCGGCGUUACUCCUAUGUCAGAUCUCUUCACUAAUGGCCCGACUCAGCACUUCCGCCGUCUCCUUCUCGGUGCCUCUUCGCAGAUGAUGCAGCAGCUAUCCGGUUGCAACGCGGUCAUCUACUACUUUCCCAUCCUGUUCCAGACCUCGAUCGGUACUUCGCACAACCUGGCCUUACUUCUCGGAGGUAUCAACAUGGUCGUCUAUUCCAUCUUUGCCACUACCUCGUGGUUCGCUGUCGAACGGAUUGGUCGCCGAAAGCUCUACCUUAUUGGUACCGUUGGCCAGUGCUUGUCCAUGGUUCUCACUUUUGGUGCUCUGAUUCCUGGAACGGAAGAAGCGGCUAAGGGAGCUGCUGUUGGUCUUUUCACUUAUAUCGCAUUCUUCGGUGCGACAUGGCUUCCGCUACCGUGGUUGUACCCGGCUGAGAUUAACCCGCUUAAGACGCGUGCUAAGGCCAACGCAACUUCGACUGUGUCCAAUUGGCUGUGGAACUUCUUUAUCGUGAUGAUCACUCCGGUGCUACUGAGCAACACAGGACGAAGCGGCUGGGGUACCUAUCUCUUCUUCGCGAUUCUCAACGCUAUCUUUUUCCCUAUCAUCUACUUCUUAUACCCGGAGACAGCUGGACGUACCCUUGAGGAGAUCGACGUUAUCUUCGCUAAGGGUUACGCCGAGAAGAUGAGUUAUGUUAAGGCUGCACAAGAGUUGCCCCGUCUUACGGAGCAAGAAGUCCAACAGAAGGCCCGCGAGUACGGGUACUGCUUAUCUGACGAGGAGGCCACAGUCAGCAUGCACGAGAAGGCUGAAGGUGUCCUGUCGACGCCGCCUUCUGAUUAA